UGCCUUCUGUCUGAGGACGGUGGUUUGGUUUCGUUUGUCGCAGUCGGGCUGGGCUGGGUCGCUGUGUUCUGUGUUCGCGUAGUCUUUGGGCGUGUUAAAUAUAUUUUGAUAAAUCGAAGGACUGUGAAUUUUGUAUAAAAACGUUAUAUAAUAAAACAAAGAAUAAAAGUGUAUAAUUUUCAAACAGAAGUGCUCUUCCUAGAACAGUUAUCAUAGGCGAUGAUACCUUUGCCACUGAUGAGUAAUAUUUAAUAGUACAGUGAAUUAUUUUUAUAUAAACAAAAAUGGGGAAGUUGUUGAGUCUUUUGGCCCGUGACGACUCGAAUUGUUGUUCGUCGCCGCGCUACGAUAUCUUUUUGGAUUUCGAGAACGCUGCGCCCACGGAAACGGAGAAGGAAGUGUACGAGGAAGUUCAGAGAGUUUUGCUGGAGUCUGAGAAGAUUUUGGAGGAGAUACAGUGUUAUAAGGGUGCUGGGAAGGAGAUACGAGAGGCAAUAGCGGAUCCGUCGAGGAUUUCUCAGGAGCGAGCCUGGCGCGCGGUCAAACCGCUGGUGGAUAAGCUGCUGAGAUGCUACAACCACUCUGUGGAGCUACAGCGGGUAGUGCCGCGGUUAUUGGGCUCGCUAGUCGGCGGCACCAUGAGUCCGACGCAGCACCUUGAGCAGCAGCAGGCCCUUGUCAAGCAGUUCGCUGAAAUACUGGAGUUUGUGCUCAAGUUCGAUGAAUAUAAGAUGAAAACACCAGCGAUCCAAAACGACUUCAGCUACUACCGCCGCAGUGUAUCACGAGGCGGCUUGAUCAACCCAGACCUACCGCCCGACGAAUCCAACAUCAGCGCAGAAAUCGCAAACCGCAUGUCGCUCUUCUACGCUCAAGCCACGCCCAUGCUCAAAGUGUUGUCAGAGGCUACCAGUCAGUUCGUGAACGACAACCAACAGGAUUUAGAAAACACUACGGAGACGCUCAGCACAAUGGCUAAAGUGUGCUUAAGGAUGUUAGAAAACCCAAAACUCGUCGCUCAGUUCAGCCGCGAAGAAACGUCGCUCCUAGUACUCCGCGUCAUGGUAGGCCUAAUCAUCCUCUACGACUGGGUCCAUCCAUCCGGCGCUUUCUGCCGCUCCUCCUCAGUGGACGUCAAAGGCUGCGUCAAGUUCCUACAACAGCAGACCCCGGCCAAGGCCGAGCCUCUGCUGAACGCCCUCAGGUAUACCACCAAACACCUGAAUCAUCAGACGACGCCGAAGAAUAUCAAGACGCUGCUAGCGGCGUGAGGUCAGCCUUCCAGCCUUGCAUGUUGCUGUGGGGAAUGAAUCGACAAUAAAUUAGGGGAUUUCUCAUCGGCGCAUUUACGUUGCUGUAGUCUAGCUGCGUUUCUCGUUCACACACUCCUGUCAUUGACAAGAAAACUAUUCUAAGACCACUGUAAAAUUGCAAAACAGUCUCUAAAAUGGUCUUGAUAACAAUACAGCUGUGUGAACGGACGCUUAGGGUCUAACACUGUCUGGGGAACCUUGUCAAGUUUUGCACUAAAUUACGACAUACAUGAUACAGAAUCAGACCUCCUUUUUCUUGAAAUUUAAGUCGGUUAUUGAGAUUCCCAUAUGAUAGCGACCUUACCUAUCCAAAAUUAAAUACAACAUAAUUUUAUUUUUCUUAUACAGGGUGAUUCAUGAGACGUGAGCAGGACUAAUCCUGCGCAUUCAGUAACUGAUAAUUGAUCGAUCACCGUCGUAUUUAGGUGAAACAACCACACUUUUUCCUAUUUUUUAACUUUUUGGCGAGGGCAAAUUUAAUUCUCUACAAUCAUGGUCACCCUACAAGACCUAAUUAAUAAACAUAAAACCUCUUUAACCGUAAUGACAGCAUUAUGAUUACGAAGAAAAUAAACUGUCAAACGUGAGUGAGAUACGAGUUUUCAAAAGUAACCAGACCGUGAUGACAAUCAAUUUGACACAGAAUAUCGGUAGUUUAGUAUUCUAAUUGUAGGGUGACCAUGCAUGUCGUAAAUAAAUUAAUAACUUUUAUCUACACACAUGUCAUUAGUGCUCUAUAAUGCGUUCAGAAACCGUAGGAAAUGACAAGCUUUAUUACAACCAAUUUUACUAUGAGAACUUUCUUAUCUGUGGUAGUAGGAAAAUUUUGUACUUUAAUGUUCAUAACGUUAUAGAUCUUUGUAGGUUAUGAGUUUAAAUUUGGAACAUCAGUCAAAACUCAAGUAGGUGUCUAUUCUAGUAUCCAUAGAUAUUAAAACAGUUAUCGAUACGAAACGUCAAUUUAAUAUGUUUUUUAAAUAUAAACCGCACGACAUUUGAUCUCGAGUGACAUGAGAAUAGGGACUUCAUUCUUUUGUCUAGGAAUUUAAAAAAACUACGGAUGUGUGACAUGCGUGAAAAAAGUUUCCAUUCACCGCCAUUUGACGUACAGUUUAUCUUUUAGUUAGUUUUAAGUAUGUGUUUAGAUAAAGUAGUGUAUGUAACUGUACAUAAUUAGGCAUUAAAACACUCGUGUGAUCCUAUUAAGAAACUCACUAACGUUCGUUUCUUAAACCCACACUCGUAUUUUAAUGCCUCUCAUUAUGUAGCAGUCACAUAAACUACUAUUUUUUCAACACGACUACAAAUUUAACGUUAACCUCACUAAUACUGAUACGAAACAGUUGCUUAUAAUUUACGAAAUACGCAGUGUUAAUCCUGCUCACGUCUCCUGAAUUAUCCUGUAUAAUGCAAUACUUAGUCCGAAAUUUUGAAAAAGGAAGAAUUGAAUGUUAUGAAUUUGGGUAAAAUUAUGUGUCAUCGUUUAAAUAGUAAGUGGUUAAUGCAUUUUUGCCAUGGUUCCUCAAUGACAGCAUAUUAUUAAAUAUAUUGCAUGAAGUGAAGGUAAAACUAAGUUAUUCGAAACCGAGAAUUUUUACCAUCUUCCAAUAAUAAUUAUGCAUUGCGCAUUGUAGAUUACACUAGCCAACCGCGUUAGAAUAAGCAAGAAUAGGAUAUUUUAUAACCACACCGUUUUGUAAUAACCUUUUACCAUUUAUAGUAUUGUAGCAGCAUUCGUUGUUUGAACGGAUCUUAAGAUAUACACCUAUACAAGCAAUCACUUCUUUACAAACUAUAUCCUCGAUGGAAGGAUGUAACCGUAAAUCGUAAUAAACUACAAAAUAGAUAAUGAUAUAGACGUCGUCGAAAACUCGAUAUUUUUGAGACAUGUACAUAAAAGUUAGACAGAAUUUCAUAGGUUAGCACAAACGCUUUAAAAGCAAAUUCGCCUAUGAAAUUAGUUCUCGAGAAAUCAUAUCCCUUACCCCGCACAUGCAAGGUUAAUGUACCGUCACAAUAUGUAUAGCAUCAGAGGCAAUCUUGUAAAUCAGCUUUUAAAAACUUUAAAUUAAGAAGUAAGGUAAACGUCCCAAUGUUUGACACUAAAUUAAAGCCCAGUUUCUCACCUACGAAAUCGAAUGUGACAAUGGGGCAGUGUCGCUGGGACAUUUACCUUAUUAGAGUAUGUAGAUAAUUAAGAAACAAGUAUUAUUUAUAUUUACGUUACUCUACUUAUCUUACUGUAUGAUGCCUUGGAAUUACUUUUACAAUUCGUUACCACAUUCGGGUGUGCAAUAUUUAUUACUAUUUUAAGCACAGAAUUUAAGUACCGUUCAACCGAUAGUUUCAAGUAAAACCAUUUAUGUGAACCUAGACCUAUUGUUAUUACGAGUAUAAUAAAAACGUUUCACAUUUAUACAACCGCUUUUAAAAUUAUUUAAUAAAAGCCAAUAUUACUUUUAUUGUAUUUAAGACUGAAAUGUAAAUUCUCACAAGACAAUUCCUAUCGCAUAAUAUUCAAAGGCAUUUUAUAGAUUUAUUGACACAAAAGUUCUUAUUAAUAUCUACUUUUAUUAGUCGUAAUAUAGUUCGUUUCUGAUUGAAACGUAAUUGUGAAAAACUAAUCUUAUGGCAUUAUUAUGAGUAACGACUAAUAUUGAAUCAUGUUAAAAAACGUGAUAAUUGAACAAAAUAUGAUUAAUUAUAAUAAUGGUCGGGAAAUGCCUUUCUUGAAUUAAUAUAGAUGUUAACAAUGUUAAAUUUAUGCAUAUACCUACCACUGCCUUGAUGUUAUCUAUCAUAGUAAAUUUAAAAGGAUUUUUUAUAAUAUGUUUCACCAUUGAUAAUUAUGUAAAAAACGUAACAUAGGUAAUAUGUCCUACUUGUUUACAAGUUUUUAUAAUUAUUAGGAAUAUUUACUAUGUUUAUCAUUCAAUUCUAUUAUAGUAAUUUAAACAUUAUACAUGUUUUGAAAUAUAUAAAGCCGCUGUUAUAUGCUCAAAUCAAAGCCACAUUUCGUGAGUUGUGAAUUUCUGUCCUGUAUGGUAAACUUACUAGAGCUCGACAUGCGAAUGCCCAAUAGAUGACAACUUUAUUGACAAUGACUUAAGUUUCAAGAUGACAUGUACUGGGACCGCGUCGAGAACCAGUACGUUUACCUUAUAAAAAAAAUUGUUUACUCGUACCUUUCUUCCUAGGAUCUCAUUGAAAAUUUAUUAAACCAUAAUUUACGGUAAACUAUCGAAUUUAAUUGUAGUGGUUUAACACUUGGCACAAAGUUUUAUGAUAUUUUACUUAGGUUAAGGAUCCUUUGACUUGCAUCUAGCGUACAUGUCGCCAAAUUGCCAAUUGUCAUCAAAUGUAAUUUUGGUGUCAUUCGCCCAUUCGUCUCGCUCGCUCUAAUACAUAUAAUUAGAUAAGUAUGUGAACUAAAUGACAUAAUUUAGAUAUCAUUUUGACUUCAAAAUGUAAAUUGGCCUCAAGAUUGUCAAAUAGAACUGAUAUGACUACGUUAGCAAGUAUAUCAAAGGAUUCUUAUCGUAUUUAUUGAGUAACAUAAUUGAUUAGGUAAUAAAACUUUCUUCACACAGUGAGCACAAUCUUUAUUGCUCCUUGAUUAAUGUAUCUCUGUUGGAAUGUGUAAAUCUUUAUUAAUACACUUGUGACUGUUGCUUGCAGAGUCGAAUGUAUCUUGUGGAUACUUUAAAUUGCAUUUACUGUUAGGAAUUGAUCGAUAUAAAAUAUAAUGCUGUGUAAAAGUAGAUUUUAUUGUAUUUCUGCUUAUACACAAGCAUUUCACUCAGUGGCGGAUUUGCAGUCUGCCGCCCUAGGCCCCAGAACCUGUAGCCGCCCCUUUCUCAGCACCCAUCAUUUUGACUUAUUUCUUGUUAUCAUCAGCGAUUUUAUUUUGUCACAAUUUGCCGCCCUAGCUUACUGACUCAGGGCAAAUCCGCCACUGAUUUCACUUCUCACUUAAGAUCAGGUCGGCCUUAAAGACACUUGAAUAGAGAACAUCUUAUGCGGAGGUUCUACUGCCACUGAUAGGCGAACUUUCCCUACCUUUCUCGUAAAAUGCCAUGGUUUAAGCGCCUAGCUAACCUCUACUCUUUAUUUCUAUGUCUGUACGAGGCACAUUUACCCGAUCUGACCUAUAUGUGAGGAAGUUGCAUGCGAUAUACUAGGGCUGAUAAAAUUUACUUUUGCUCAUAUUAACGUGAAUUGCUGGAUCGUGUAACCGAUAGAUAUAAAAAUAAGGUACGAAAUCCAAAUUUACACUGCCCAGAGUCAUAAUUUUAUAACUAUUUUUAUAAUCGAAUAAGUUUUCGAAAGUAAUAUUCCAUUUUGAAUAAUUCCAAUACGAAUACUCCAUGUUGAGUCUAAAAAUUAACUCUAGUGAAGUGAAAAAUUUGAUUGAAAUAAGGUAGUUGAUAAAUUUGAUUUGAUUGAAAAUUAGGAUUGUCAAAGUCGGUUUUUAAGUCCCUAAAAUUCUGUUGUUAUUUGACAAUUGCAAGAUAGCUUGCUGCAUGUUCCAUGUACCCGUAAUAUUGAAUGUUAAAACUAGACAAUUUUAUAGCAAAUUUUUCAUAGAGGGAUUUAAUAAUACAAUUCGUAGUUUAUCUUGAUUGUUGUUAAUUGUUUCAAGUCACAUUUUGUUUAUUGCGAUUUGUAUAAUACGUAGUAGGUACUCAUUAUUUGUAGUAUAAUAAACACACCAAAGUUAUGAUUAAUAAACAUGAAUAGACUCUCACAA